CCUCCACCGCCCCCCCCCCCGCGCCACCGGGCUCCAUGGUCUCGCCUCAAGUGCCCAUCGAUAACUCUACGCUCGGCCUUGGCCUCGAUCGAUUCGCUCCAACUCCCCUCGCCGUCCUGGAGCACGGAGGAGUGCGGAGCCGCAUGUAAGAUGCUCUGACCCUUGGCGCCAGCCUUCAGCCCUCGGGCCCGCGCAGGCCCCGCCAUGAACACCUCCCCAGGCACGGUGGGCAGCGACCCCGUCAUCUUGGCCACCGCCGGCUAUGACCACACGGUGCGGUUCUGGCAGGCCCACAGCGGGAUCUGCACCCGCACGGUGCAGCACCAGGACUCUCAGGUGAACGCGCUGGAGAUCACGCCCGACCGCAGCAUGAUCGCCGCUGCAGGGUACCAGCACAUCCGCAUGUAUGAUCUCAACUCCAAUAACCCCAACCCCAUCAUCAGCUACGACGGGGUCAACAAGAACAUCGCGUCGGUGGGCUUCCACGAGGAUGGCCGCUGGAUGUACACGGGUGGAGAGGACUGCACGGCCCGGAUCUGGGACCUCAGGUCCCGGAACCUGCAGUGCCAGCGGAUCUUCCAGGUGAACGCACCCAUUAACUGCGUGUGCCUGCACCCCAACCAGGCGGAGCUCAUCGUGGGCGACCAGAGCGGCGCUAUACACAUCUGGGACCUGAAGACGGACCACAACGAGCAGCUGAUCCCCGAGCCCGAGGUCUCCAUCACGUCUGCCCACAUCGACCCCGACGCCAGCUACAUGGCCGCCGUCAACAGCACCGGAAACUGCUACGUGUGGAACCUGACGGGGGGCAUCGGUGACGAGGUGACCCAGCUCAUCCCCAAGACCAAGAUCCCAGCGCACACGCGCUACGCCCUGCAGUGCCGCUUCAGCCCCGACUCCACGCUCCUGGCCACCUGCUCGGCUGACCAGACCUGCAAGAUCUGGAGGACGUCCAACUUCUCCCUGAUGACGGAGCUCAGCAUCAAGAGCGGCAACCCCGGGGAGUCGUCCCGCGGCUGGAUGUGGGGCUGCGCCUUCUCCGGGGACUCGCAGUACAUCGUCACCGCUUCCUCUGACAACCUGGCCCGGCUCUGGUGUGUGGAGACUGGAGAGAUUAAGAGAGAGUACGGCGGCCACCAGAAAGCUGUGGUCUGCUUGGCCUUCAAUGACAGCGUGCUGGGCUAGCCUGUGCCUCCUGGGGACGGCCGCCGGCUGUGUGGCAGACCACGCAGGCUCGCCUCUGCCCACCCAGGCCGGCUGGACCCCCCGGCGGCUCGGUGCUGCCAGGCUGCUCCGAGGCGCUCGGCUCUCGGCCGCGGCCCCUGAGGCAGGCUGCACCUCACGGCUGGGCCCGGUGGCUCCGGGGGCUGGUGCGCACCCCCAAGCCAGUCCUCCCCGCCCUCCCGCUCCGGGCCCCCUUUCAAGCCCCGAGGCCACAGAGGAGAGUGGCCGCACUGCCAGGUGGGAGCUUUAUUGGUGCGUUCCAGGCGGCCUCCGUGGUGGGAGGUGCCGGCGGCCCGUGGGGCGGGGGCCGGGCUGGCCAGGCCAGGGGCUUAGUCCGGGAGAUAAUAAAAGCAGACGGACACGCA